CCGAGCUGGGCGGGCGGGCGGUUCUCUUGUGAACUGGGUUUCCGCUGCGGCCCAUGUGAGCGGCGCUGCCAUUGUGUGAGGGAGGGAGGGAGCGAGCGAGUGAGUGCGCGGAGCAGCGGCGUCGGGCCCCGGCGGGGACACAAGCGAGUCGUCGAGUCAUAAUAAUAAUAAUCAGCACAAAAGGAGCACCGAUCGCAGGCGGCGGCGGGGAUCGAUCGGCCGGCCGGCGCUCAGCACAGCCCGUCGGGGGAAAGGGGAGGAAGAUAAAUAAACCCGAUCCCUGCGCGGCGCCCUUCCGCACCCCCCCUCCUCCUCCUCCUCCUCCUCCUGCCCGCCUCCGACAGCGCGCUGUGCAGGCCGCUGGAGCCCAACCCGCAGCCUCGGGACUCGCGUAACUACUCUUCCCCCUUUCCCCCUCCCCACCCCCCCGGCUUCGGUUCAUGAAGAGAUGUCGGCCACCAGCGUCCUGGAUCAGAGACCGAAAGGCCAAGGAAACAAAGUGCAAAAUGGAGCGGUUCACCAAAAGGAUGCACUAAAUGAUGACGAUUUUGAGCCUUAUCUGAACACUCAGACCAGGCAGAACAAUACCUAUACUGCCAUGUCUGACUCCUAUCUACCAAGUUACUAUAGUCCAUCUAUAGGGUUCCAGUAUUCAUUGAGUGAGGCUGCUUGGUCUACAGGAGGGGAUCCACCUAUGCCCUAUCUGACAUCGUAUGGACAGCUAAGUAAUGGAGAGCAUCAUUUUCUACCUGAUGCCAUGUUUGGACAGCCAGGGACUUUGGGUAAUACUCCUUUCUUGAGCCAGCAUGGGUUUAACUUCUUCCCUAGUGGUGUGGACUUCUCGGCUUGGGGGACCAGCAGUUCUCAGGGACAGUCCACUCAAAGCUCAGGCUAUAGCCCCAGCAGCUAUGCCUAUCCUCCUAGCUCUCUGGGUGGAGCUAUGAUGGAUGGACAGUCAACUUUUGCCAACGACACACUGAAUAAAGCACCAGGUAUGAAUAGCAUUGACCAAGGAAUGGCAGGACUGAAAAUAAGUGGUGGUGAGGUCGCUAGUAAUGUAUCUAAAAUGGUAGGUUCUGCUGUUGGGAGCAAUCCUAUAUCGACUAUUUCAAAUAAUGCGAUACCUUCUAAUCCCAUGCCACCAACUACAAUUGUUCCCCCCAAGCCAGCUUCAUGGGCGGACAUUGCAAGCAAGCCUGCAAAACCCCAACCCAAGAAAGCAAAAGGUGGGUCUAGUGGGCCAUCUCUCCCACCACCUCCAAUUAAACAUAAUAUGGAUAUUGGUACCUGGGAUAACAAAGGUACAGUGGCCAAAACUGCUCCUCAGCCAUCAACUCAAGCCAGUGGCCAGCAACAAGGCCAGCCACCUCCGCUGCCGGUGAACCAACAAGUGGUCAAUAUGCAGCCUCAGCAAGUGUCCUCGGGCCAGCAGCAGCAGCAGGUGGCCGCACAACCAGUGCAGCAGCAGCCACAGCCAAAUCGCUGGGUUGCACCCCGCAACCGUGCAGCUGGCUUUGGUCAAAAUGGAGUGGAUGCUGGAGGCAUUGGGCUGGCGCAUGGGAAUUCAAAUUCUGCCUCUGUGGAAGCACACCCAGUUUUGGAGAAAUUGCGUUCUGUCAACAACUACAACCCCAAGGAUUUUGACUGGAACCCCAAACAUGGACGAGUUUUCAUCAUUAAGAGCUAUUCUGAGGAUGACAUCCAUCGCUCUAUUAAAUAUUCCAUUUGGUGUAGUACCGAGCAUGGCAACAAGAGACUGGAUGCAGCCUAUCGUACCAUGAACGGCAAGGGUCCUGUUUACCUCUUGUUUAGUGUCAAUGGGAGUGGUCACUUUUGUGGUGUUGCCGAGAUGAAGUCGACUGUAGACUACAACACUUGUGCUGGGGUGUGGUCUCAGGACAAGUGGAAGGGACGGUUUGACGUCAGGUGGAUAUUUGUGAAGGACGUGCCCAAUAGUCAACUGCGGCACAUUCGCCUGGAAAACAAUGAGAAUAAACCUGUCACCAACUCCCGAGACACUCAGGAGGUGCCCUUGGAAAAGGCCAAGCAGGUUCUGAAAAUUAUUGCCAGUUACAAGCAUACGACCUCUAUCUUUGAUGACUUUUCUCAUUACGAAAAACGUCAAGAGGAAGAGGAGUGUGUUAAAAAGGAACGCCAAGGUCGUGUCAAAUAAUACUGCAGUCUCUGGAAAUGUGACGUCGACCUAAAUGUCAUAUCCUGAAUUUUCUUCAAGAAAUUGAGUGAUAAUGAAGAUUCCCUUCUCCUCCCCUUCCUUCCUUCCCACCCACCCUCUUUCAUUUUCAGUGAAUUCUACGACUUUCAGCCAUGUAGUUGUCAAACUUAAUCCUCUUCUGUAGCACUAUGGUAAUAAUAGCAAGAACUAGGUGGGGAAACAAAACGUUUUAAGGAUCCUUUCUCAAUUAUCAGUUGUGACUUUAAAGUGGUACAUUUGUUUUCCUUCUGUUUAAAAAAAUAUUAAAACAAUGAAUCACUUUUUGAUUUUUAUGGUCUGUGGUCUGCAUUUAAAUGCAGCUCCACGGAGAAGAGACCAGUUGCCUUGCAACAUUGUCGCCCAGCUGGGUAAAUACGUGGACAGAUUCCUUCUCCAACUCGAUUUAAUUUAUGGAGCCUAAAUUGUUUCAUUCAGGCCUUUCUGAGGACCGCCCACCCCACCUCACCCUCCAUUUUACUGAAAAUGCUGCUUGUUUUGUUUUAAAAAGGCUCCUGGAAAGAGCAGUUACUUUUGUGUUUGUCCCGCCUUUCGUUCCAAAAUAUUAAAAGCAAGUUACUCUUGACAAAAGUUAACGUGAGCAAGUUUAAAAGAAAAUUGCCACCAAUUAAGUCUAAAUCCUUAAAAGAGAAGACUGGACUAAAGGAAUACUGUAAGGAAUUUUUUUGAACAGUGAACUUUGAGAAACAAAAACUGCUUAGAAUCUUUUUUCAAUCCUCGUCAACGGUGGAAAAACUGGGAAUUCACCCUUUCUUCAUUAUUAAUCACUUCUCAGUAAUAAAUGUGAUAUCCUGUUCAGCAGAA